AUGGCAAGCCCGGAGGGUGCGCCUGGAGUUGUUCCCCAUUCUGUGCGUGGACAGCUCAAAGCUUACGUGGGAAGCAGCAAACCCCCUUUGUCCGGACUCUUCCGUCUCCUCGGUGCUAAGGUCCGUGGGUGCUGGCUCCCCACAGGCCCGGAAGGCGGAGGCAAGCCCCUGGCUGCUGGGCCGGAGCAGGAAAGCCCGCUGCUGCCGCCGUUGCCCAGCUCAGCGCCCCCCACUCAGGGCGUCCCAAGUGGGGAGCCCCCCGCCUCCUGCGCUGUCUCCGGGGAGAAGCCGUCCUCGGGGGCCCCUGGAGCGAUGAGCGGGGCCGAUGCUGCUGGGGGGUCCGAGGCUGCCCACAGACAGAGGGCGCAACCUCAGGGAGAAGGGUGCCCCCUCCCUCGGAGAGAGGCCAAGGCCGGGAAGAGGCCCCCCUCUCCGGGCUCCGGGAAGCAGAAGUCGUCUACUACGGCCGGCGGUCCAGCCUCGCCGUCACCUCCCUCGGCCCAGCCCGCACACAACCCGGUGCCCUGUGGCUCAGGCCGGGGGUCCUGCCACCUGGCCAACCUCCUCAGCACACUGGCCCAGAACAGCCAGAACACGGACCCGAAGAGGCCCCCAGAAGUGACCUGCCAAGCUCGGAAAAAGACUCGAACCCUGUACCGCUCAGACCAGCUGGAGGAGCUGGAAAGGCUAUUCCAAGCAGACCACUACCCGGACAGUGAUAAGCGCCGGGAGAUUGCCCAGACAGUGGGGGUCACCCCCCAGCGCAUCAUGGUAAGAGGGGUGUGGUUCCAGAACCGCAGAGCCAAGUGGCGGAAAGUGGAGAAACUGAACGGGAAGGAGGGCAAGGGCAGUGCGGCAGCCCCCGCCCCCGGCCCCGCCCCCGGCCCUGCCGGCAGUCAGUGCAGCGCCGGCGCUGACCUGCCACCUGCUGCGCCCAUGGACCCGCAGCUGGGCGCCUUCCCUCAGGAGCCCCCUCUGGACACUCUCCCAGAUCCCCCCAUGCUGCUGACAUCCGACCACACUCUGGCCCCAGCCCCCCAGACCGAGGGUGCUCAGGGGGUGACAGUCACCCCACCCCUCUUCAGCCCCCCACCCGUCCGGAGAGCCAGCCUUCCCUUCCCCUUCGGCCCCGUGCACACCCCCCAGCUGACGCCCCUGCUGAUGGAUGCUCUUGGCAGUGACAGCAGCCACAAGGAUGGCUUCUGCGGGUCCUGGGGGACAAGUGUCACACCGCCCCCCACCUGCUCAUUCCUGGAAGAGCUGGAGCCCCAGGACUACCAUCAGGGGCUGUCCCAGGUCUCUCAGGCGCCGCAGCCCCAGCUCUUCCAGACCCCGCAGCCCCAGCUGCCGUACCUGCACCCCUUCGCCGUCCCCUCGCCCAGCUCGCUGACGCCGCCGCUGCUGGAGGACCCUUUCUUCCCACUGCCCUACGGGCCCGGUGCGGGUGCCUCGCAGAGCUACUUCCCAGCACCCCCAGGAGGGCAGGUCCUGCUGCAGCCACCUGCCGGGAACCUGGGUACAGUCCCCUGGAGCGACCCUUGCUUGCCAGAACUGCCCUUCCCUGGUCCCUUCUGGCCACAAACCCUGGGGCAGCCCCCAGGAGGGGACGGGUACUUUCCCGACGUGUUCCUGGCUCCCUGUGCUCAGGCUGCGACCCCACAGCCCUCUCCGGGGCCCAGCCAGCUGCCUGCGGGAGCCAGACCUGGAGCUGGGCCCUCCCUCAAUAGGGGCCAGGAGGAGCUUCCCCAGCCUGCCACUGCCGUGGAGCAGCACCCGGCCCCAGAGGAGGGCCAAGAGGAGGACAAGGGCAGCCAGGGCCCCUAG